AUGGCUUCAUCUUUACGAAAUCUUGAUGACUAUAUGAAGAAUUUGGAUGCUUUACUUGCUGAAGAAAACUGGCAGUCGUGUGAAAAAGCAGCAAAAUUACUUUCAGUGCGUGAUAGUCACGUUCAGAUGAAGUUUUUGCAGGUUGAGAAUGCAGAAGAGAUACAACGUUUAUAUUUGAACAGUGCUUUUGAUGAAGUAGCUUGCUUACAUUUAGCUGUUAUCUACCAUUUAAGUAAAGAUCAUUACGAAAAUGCUUUCAAUACACAUGUUCAGGCUGUGCAAUUGUUUAAUAAAGAAAUCUUACAAAAAGAAAAGGAUCAGAAUUGGUUUUUGCCAGUAUUGUACAUUCUUUGUACAGAUCUGCGACUUCUGGCUCGUUCGGCGGAUAAUAAGCCGUCACGUUUACGAGAUCCUGAAAAAAGUAGUUACUAUGAGCAGUCUGCCACUUACAUCAUGGAAUGUUACAGAACAUGUGUGGCUGAUGUUCGCGCAGAAAUUUAUUCAUCAAAAAAAAUCGCAAUGCUUAAUCUUACCAAUCAAUUAUUUCGUAUUUACUUCAGGAUAAAUAAGUUGAAUCUGCUGAAACCACUUAUUAGAGCAAUAGACAAUAGUGGACCACUUUAUCAGAAAUUUUCAAUGGCUGACAAAGUUACUUAUAAAUAUUAUUUGGGACGGAAAGCAAUGUUUGAUUCCGACUUGUCACUAUCUGAACGAUCGCUUUCUUAUGCGUUUCGUCAUUGCCCUUCGUAUUGUGAGAGGAAUAAGCGUCUCAUACUAAUAUAUUUGGUUCCAGUCAAAAUGUUUCUUGGGCAUAUGCCAAGUUCUGAUUUAUUAAAGCGAUAUCAAUUACAGCAGUUCGUUGCAGUUGUUGAUAGUGUUAAAGACGGAAAUUUGAAAAAGCUUGAUGAAACAUUGAUGGAAAAUGAGAGGUUUUUUGUGGAAUGUGGGAUAUUUCUAAUGUUGGAGAAAUUAAAGAUUAUUGCUUUUCGAAAUUUAUUCAAAAAAAUAACUCGAAUAUAUGGUUCAAAUCAAAUUCCAUAUGAUGCAUUUAUGUGUGCUGUUCGAUGGCUUGGAAUUGAGGAUAUGUUCGAAGACGAACUGGAAUGUAUACUUGCAAAUCUAAUUGUUGAAAGGAAAAUCAAAGGAUAUCUCAGUCAUGUGCAUAAAAAAUUAGUAAUAAGCAAACAAAACCCAUUCCCAGCUUUGUCGACGGUAUCGUAG